AUCCCUGUAAUAUUGAACACAAACAAGCCCCCGCGACGGAGAGGACGUGGAGCUCUAUGGCUAACUCUGUACCUCCCGCGGUGGUAAGGAUAGACGGCAAGGAAUGGGUGCUGCCGCUGGAAGUCAGCUUCAGAACAGUUCUGGAUGUCCUGGCUCAAGUCAUGCCUGCAUUGAAUCCACUUCCUACUGCCUUCGAAUACGAAGACGAAGAUGGAGAUAGAAUCACAGUGUGCAGCGACGAAGAACUGACGGCAAUGAUAUCGUUUUGUCACUGGAGGAACAGGCACUCGGGCAGAUCGCACCCUCUCAGUAUAUAUCCUAAAGCCAAGAAAAAGAAGAAUAAACUCAACUUGGAAGUAAACACCAGAGCUCCACUUACUUCUGCUGGCAAAUCUAACCCUAGCAGCAGUGAGAGCAUGCACAGCAGAAGUGGGAGUUUCAGAAGAGCCAACGAGAAGACGGCGCUGGUCAAACUCAUCUCAGAGGGACAGAUCACCAGACAAGACUUGCAGUAUCUGGAGAUACUCGGUCACGGAAACGGAGGCACUGUGUACAGAACUUUCCACCAGCCAUCCAAGGUGAUAAUGGCGGUGAAGGUGAUCGCAUUGGACGCCACACAAGAAGAGCAGAGACAGAUUAUGGCAGAACUGGACAUCCUUCACAAGUGUGAUUCUAGCUACAUCAUUGGCUUUUACGGUGCCUUCUUCGCCGAAAACAGAAUAUCGAUAUGUGCGGAGUACAUGGACGGUGGUAGUUUGGAUGGUUACGGAGCUAUUCCAGAACCUGUUCUUGGCAGAAUUAUCGUUGGGGUCGUGAAGGGGUUAAAUUACCUCUGGAGCUUGAAGAUCAUGCACAGAGAUAUCAAGCCGUCCAACGUGCUGGUGAACACUCAGGGAUGUGUGAAGCUCUGUGACUUUGGAGUGAGCGUCCAGCUGCUUACCUCACUCACCAAGACCUUCAUCGGAACCAACGCUUACAUGGCUCCGGAACGGAUCCUGGGCGGGGAAUAUGGAAUCCAUUCUGAGAUCUGGAGUUUGGGACUUUCAACUCUAGAGAUGGCACUUGGAAGAUUCCCCUAUCUGCCAGUAAGUCACACCCACUCCCCUUACCCACACUUUUGAGGUAGCCACACCCCCAGGGUCCCUAUGCGCCCAGCUAGGCAGGACAGAUUUCGCAAUGUGUAACCACAGUACACACCUGCCUGUCUAUACCUCCUUGUUUAUCAGUGCCCUCCCACUGCUAAUGGUAGUGGUUUUUGAUAACAAAAUGUUGUCUCAUUGUGGCUACUAAUAAUUUUGCUGAGUCUGUAUUCUUUCUGCAGGAAGGAUCCAAACCCUCAAGUCUUGUGGUAAGGAAUAGCUCUGAGGUCAUGUGACUAAGCUCUAGAGUUAUGUGACCUAGCCCUGAAAUCAUGUGACUAACUUAUUAUUCCCGAUGUUGUAUUCAAUCUGCAGCCAUUUGAGCUUCUUCAGUGUAUAGUUAACGAGAAACCCCCCACACUUUCUUUGGAGCACUUCUCUCCAUCUCUAAUAGAAUUCACCCAGCAAUGCAUGCAGAAACUACCCAAGGCAAGACCCGGUAUCACUGCCCUCCUGCAACACCCGUUCCUUCUUCACUAUGACGAUGGGGGAGAGGAGGUGAUAGCGGUGUGGGUGCGCCGGCUCCUGGAGCAGAUGAGGAUAAUGCAGAGGUUCCCCUCAGACACCUCCCUCGCCUCCACCUCCAGCUCCGUCGCCAGCGGCUGGUCCGGCACCAGUCUCGGACGCUCCAUUAGCAGCAGCGGUGGUACCGGAGGUCAGAGUUCAAAAUUUGGCGGGACAAUUCCAGCUGGUUCCUCGCUGGCCCCCCACCACCACCUUCCUCCAGCACCUCACAUCCCACCUGGCACCGGUUCCACAGUUGGCCACGCCCCCUCGUCAAGUCACCAUCAUCCUCUCAUGGACAUUUCAUGAGGUUCAGCUUCCACGACAUAAAAUUCACUGGUGCUUUUUGUUUUCUUAUUUUGUACGUGUGAAAUUUUAUGUAAAGUCUUCGUGAUUUUUAAUAGUCUUGCACUCUUUUUUGCAAUUUUUAUACAUGAAAGAUACUUUCUUUAAACUUUGAUGGCGAAUUUGAAGCUGGGGUUGAUAUAAAGCUGCUGAUGUUGAGGGAAAGAGGUGAGAGGUGAUAAUAAUUCA